AGCGAAGUACCACUAACUAAUGAUGCUUGUACACAAACAUUUGCUGACGAGGAUGUGCAGCAAAAAACUGAAUCGCCACCAAAAUCACUCGAUGAGAUUUCUCGUGAUUGGAACGAAGGAAGGACUCUUUCUGCAUCCGAUGCUCUCCGACUUGUCAAACGGGGUAUUGUAAAAUGCCGCGAACUGGAGACGCGCCUCGAUGCUGAAACUGCAAUAUUUGUGAGGCGUUCCUACGUAGCUCCUGAAGUCUUGAAGGAGUUACCAUUCAAGAACUACGAUUACAAAUAUGUGACCAACUCUUGCUGUGAAAAUGUUAUUGGUUACGUCCCUAUACCUCUGGGCGUUGCUGGUCCUAUACCAAUAAAUGGUGCUGAAGUUUACGUCCCUAUGGCCACCACAGAAGGUGCAUUGGUCGCCAGUACAAAUAGAGGUUGUAGUGCCGUAAAGAAAAGUGGCGGUGUUUCUACCUGCAUUUUCGACGAAGGAAUGACACGUGCUCCUGUUGUCAAGUUUCCUACCGCUUCAGAGGCUGUAAAGUUGAAAAAAUGGCUUGGAGUUCCUGAGAACUUUCUUCUUGUCAAGACUGAGUUCGAGUCCACAAGUCGGUUUGCACAACUACGUGCGGUAGAGGUAGCCAUAGACGGGAAUCUAGCGUUCGUCCGAUUCAUCGCUUUCACGGGAGAUGCAAUGGGUAUGAACAUGGUGUCAAAAGGUUGCAACCUUGCUAUGCAUUUGCUAAAGGAGAAAGUUUCCAUCAAUGCAACUGCUGGCUCUAAGUCGAGGCGAUCGGCGGAUUGCACGUUGCCUGCCAGUGUUGUUCUGUCAAUCUUCAAGACAACUCCGAAGCAAAUGGCUGAAGCUGCACAGGACCCUGCUCAGGUCGUUCGUCAUCGAUUUGCUCGACAACGUAUGGAACGUCCCACCUACAUGGGAAUGUAUAUGUUGUCUUGUGCUGGCCCUUCACCUGUGGAGGCAGGUGCGCAUGCUCGUCGCCUAGCGGAGGUCAUAUGUUCCACGGUGCUUGCCGGUGAACUAUCGUUGAUGGCUGCAUUAGUCACGGACCAGCUGGUGUCGAGUCAUAUGAAGCUUAACAGUAAGUCACGCCUGCAUUUAUACCCUUCAAUGCCUGUAAUGGCGAUGCCAACUGCUGAGAAGUCACCUCGAGAAAUCCCGCUCCCACGAAAACCAGUCGAGAAAGGGACUCGUGUUAAAAGAACCGUCAAAGUUGAAUGCUCUAACAUUCUU